AUGUCCGAAGAGUGCUUCCCGCUCGUGAGCGUUUUGCCGUACAUGGAGGGAGCUAAAAUAGAAGAAAUAGAUUUUGUUUACCUUCUCAGCACACUAGCGCGCCCGUCCACCAUUUCAAAUGCAUCCAAAACAGAUCUCAACCAUUUAUGUGCCAGGGUGAACAACUAUCUAAGCUCUAACAAUGUCAGGUAUCGCUGGCUAGGCUCGAAAUUGGCGAUUGUACUCAACACGCAUAUUGAGAUCACAGCUUCUGAGUACACAUCCAAGUAUUUGGGGGCUUUGAUCAAAGCUCUCGAGUCCAAAUGUUUCAUCAAAGACGAGGCCUCGGCCCCCGUCUAUGCAAUUGUGACACUAGAAAGCUGCUGUGACGCCCUAUCAUUUAUCAUAGGCAAUAUCAGAGGCAAGCAUGCACUGACUCGGGAAGUUCUAACUCCCAAACUGCCCUCAGUCAUCGGAUCUCUGCUUGAGAUCAUCAAUCUGGUUCCGCAAAAAGCUAUUGAUCUUCUCUAUGAUCUGUUGAAAAACAACUCCACCACCUUCCGUCCCUUUGGUUCAAAGUUUGAAAGAGCACUUUUGGGGCUUUUGGGAUCCGAUGGGUUUAACAAAUUUGAGUACCAGCUACAGCAUAAAAUCUUCAAAUCUUUGGCACUCCUUUCAUUUAGUCUGACCAAGAAUAGCACUAGUGAGCUGUGGAGAACAAAGUUCAACCAUUACGUUCAAGAGACAAAAUCAGUCAUUCAGAUAUACUCCGAGUUCAUGAGCCUCGAUGAAGAUGAGGACCUGAUGCAACAGCUCAACGCUCUUCCUAGCGUGCCAGAAAAAUUCGAGCCAAGCUUUCCUCCAUUGGACAUUGACCUCAACGAGAGUCCUUUACAGAUCAUGAAAAUAGUUUCCAGAGUUGACUUGCUGGUGAACUUACUGGUCGAGUUUCUGCAAGUGCCCACUCCCCAGGUUAAAGCGCCAAUCGGCUAUUUAUUGAUGAUAGGCCAGAUUCUUGUAGGCAUCGACCACAGAUUCACUCCUAUAAAAAGAGAUAUUCGAGACGUGACGCUGCGCCAAAUCAUAGCACAGUCUGCGACACUCAUGAACCACGUUGGACUGAAGCUUCUAAAUGUGUUGCCGGAUAUAUUUGGCGGAGACCUGCUCCCACAUUUAAAUUCUGUUCUUUCCUCGAUUGACACACUGAUUCCUGUGAGCAGAGUUAACGGCAGAAUUAUAGUUGAUGAGGCAGGUGUUUUAGAUAACCCAGAGCUGAUUUUCGCCGGUUUGAAAACCCGCAUCAACUUCUUGGAGCUUGUGGAAGGGUUCACAAAUAUGAGUCUUUUGCACAAAUCCAUCGACGCAGCAUUGAUACUCUCGAAACCACGCGUUCCACAGGGGCUGGUUAAGAGCAGCGAACAGAGGCUGAAAAAUGUGUCCAUGUCGGACCUUCUUUCUGAUCAAAAGACCUUCAUCACAGAGGCUACUCAGGAUCAGAAAAAUGUGCUGAGACAAUAUUUCAAAGUUUUGCUCACCAGAUGCGUCGUGAACUACUCGAAGCAGUCUGAGAUUCUGCGUGUGAUCAUCUUAGAUGCUGUCAAAGGCGCUGAGAUGAAGGAGCUGCUUCAUGCUGCAUUGCUUUACCCUCAUAAAGAGGCCAAUGCUAGUGUGCUACCAAUGGUGAAGCAGCUGCUAGAUGACGAUGAACUGGUUAGCGUGUUCUUGAAUCCGCGACUUCCAGUGCUUCCUACCAAAAGAGUUGGCGAUCAAGCAUUAAUAGAAGAAAGGGAGCAGGAAAGAGAAGGAGAAGACGAAGACGAAGAGAGACCAGUCAAGAAAAUCAAGAUCGAAAAAACGGUGACUGUUGAGGCACCGGCAAAGGAUAAUCUAAAAGAGGAUACCAUAGAAGAGACUAAGGAAUCGUUGGAGACCACUUCGAAAGAUGACGUCUCAGACUACGAGAAAAUGAUCUUCAAGCCUGUUGGAUCGCUUGUGGAGAAUAUGGACGUUGCACAGGCUUCAGUCGAAGAUGUGAAGCCGGUUGCAGUCGAACAAGCAUCGUCAGCACAAUCUCCAUCAGGCUCUCCUUCAGCUGAUGAAUCAGACUUCGAGAUUCCGGAAAUCGACAUCGACGAUGACUAA